AUGAGUGCCUUUUUUUACAAUAGAAUAGAAAACAACUUGAAUGACAAACUGCAUGGAGAUUUUUUAAAUUAUCCAAAUUUUAAAAAAUUCAUUGAUAAUAAUAAUAAUAAUGAUAAUGAAAAUUUCGAAGAGUCCAGAAAAUAUAUACACAGAGUGAUAACUAAAACACUUAAUGCGAAUUCAGUGAAAGUAUCCAAAAAGGUCGAUGAACGAAUACUACAGGGAAAUUCUAAUAAUAAAUUUUGUUUAAAAAAUAUGGAAAAUCGAAAUAAUAAAAAGGAAUUUUCGUAUAGCAGUAAAAAUAAUUCACAGAUGAGAAGGAACAGGAACCUCAAUACGUUUACUCAUGGCAAUAGUAACAGGAGUAAUGAGGAAAAUGGCCAAAACGAUCAAAAUACUAUUGGCUAUGAAAAUAAUCCUACUUACUUAAGUAAUUCUAGUAGUAUGAAUAAUCAGAGUUACCCAAACAAUCCGAUAGGUAUGAAUACUUUUAGCCUUCUAGAUAACCACACUGCUAGUAAUACAAAGGAGGAUCUCGGAACAUUGCCAUCGACGCAGGUUUUUCAUGGGAAUUCGAAUGAACUAAGUGAUAAUUUGAACCAUCGUGCUAUUAAUUAUUCAAAGAAAAAUGAAAUGAGCAAUGAAAGUAAGAAUAGGAUAAAUGAAGCAUUAUUAUUAAAAGAAAAAAAAAAUUUAUUAAAACAUGAAUUAUUUUUCUCGGAACCAAGAAACAAUAUGCAUUUUGAACAUGGAGAUAACAGAACGUUUCGAAAUUAUAGUAAUAUUAUUUUUACAAAUGAGGAAAAGUUAGGUUUUCCAAGAAGCAGUAGUACAUAUAAUCACCCAUAUGAAUUGGUAAAAGGCAAUGGAAUAAUUGAAGAUGUAAGUUCGAGUGUUUUUAGUUCGAAUGAAUUUACUAAUAUGAAAACGAAAACAAAUGGUUCGUUAAAAGCUAAAGGAGAAGAUAAAAAGAAGAAAAAGCUAAAAGAAAAGAAAGAGAAGGAAAAAGAAAAAGGAAGAGAAAAAGAAAAAUUAAAGGCAAAAGAAUGUGAAAACGAAGAGGAAAUAAACAAAAUAAGGGAAAAUGAUAUCGAAAAAAUAAAAAAAAAUCAAAGUGAAAAAAUAAAAAAAAAUGAAAACGAAAAAAUAAAAAAAAAUGAAAAUAUAAAAAAAAACGAAAUCGAAAAUAUAAAAAACGUUGAAAACGAAACUGUAAAAAUGGGUGAAAACGAAGAUAUUGAGCUUUUUCUUAAGAAACAAAUAUUUAACUGUGGCAAAAUACAGAUAGAUACAUAUGGAGAUAAUUUCAGAAGUAAUGUAUUAUACCAUAAUACGUUUGACAAUAGAAUUAGUGGUGCUAUCAGUAGUAACAAUUCCAAUGUGAAUACAAGCAGUAUUCAUAGCAGCAGCAAUACGCACAGAUAUGAAGGAAAAAAUUAUAUGUCACGUUUCCAAAAAACAAUGCAUGCAAAAAAGGAAAAUAAUAAUUAUCACAGACUAGAAAGCGAUACAAAUAAAUAUAAAAAGUACAAUAAUUUGAAGGACAAUUUUCAUUUGAAUAAUAGUCAAAGGCACUUUCAUACCAACUUAGAACAAGUAAAAAAUAAAUCAGAAUUCUUUUUAACAAGUGAUAUUGAUGAAAAAAUUUAUGCAAACAAUACAAUGUAUGAUGAUUAUUUUACUAUUGAAAAUAUGGAAACAUGUGAAGAUAAAAAAGAAUUUUUUAAAAAGGAUGGAUUUAACAAUAAAAUAAAAAAAGAUAAUAUGUUAGGUUUACAUUUGUGUAAAAAUUUUGAUAAUAAGGAAUUACUAGCGAAUAAGAAAAAAUAUUUUAAUUUUGUUGAAAAUAGUAAUACAAACAGAGGUAACAACUAUAGGAAAAAUGAAUAUUUCAAUGAAAAUUGUAUCAAUGAGUUUUCCGUUGAUGGUAUUUUGAAUGAAUAUAGUUUUGGUCGAAAGGAAUAUAUAUGCAAUAAUGUAAAUGGAGAGAUAAGAGGCAUAGGUAAAUUUAAGGAGAAAAUGGAUACUAAUUCUAUUGGGGGAAAAAAAUUAAAGGAUAUUUUUCCUCAGAAUAAUAUCAUAUCAUUAAAUGGUGUUAAUUUUAUGCCAUCCCCAAUGUAUGAUAAUUAUGUUGGUCAUGUAAGUUGUAAUGAGAAUGGUAUUGCCUCCGCGAAUGCAGAUUUUGGAAUUGCAUCUGUGCAUGCAAAUUUAGGAAAUUCCCCUGCGCAUGCAAACUUAGAAAGUACUGAUUUACAAUGGAAUAUUCAAAAUAUCGUCACACAUGGAAAUAUUAGAAGCGCUGACAUGAAUGAACAUGUUAGAAGAACUAGUGCAGAUGGAAGUUUUAGAAGCACUGCUACCCAUACAGAAAACGAUGUGCAAGAAGAAGAAAACAAAACGAUAAAUACUAUGAUGAGUUCAUAUAUGUUGAAAAGACAAGAUAGCUAUUAUCAAAAUAGAAACGAGAUAAUACAUCCUUGUGAUAAAAGUAAAAGUAAUAGCAACAAUAUUGCAGAUGUGAGUAGCAUGUUGAACUCGAAUAAUUGCAGCCUGAAUAAUGAAAAUGACAAAAUUGUGAAUAAUAGUAGAAAUGCCAGUAUUAAUAUCUUCCUGAACAAAUCAAACAAUGGUGACAAUUAUAAAAUCUUCAGAAGAUGUGACAUAAUGGAACCAAAGGAUUUUGUCGCCAAUAGCAAAAUUGUUAGUCAUGUUAAUGGAAAUAUAAAUGGUAAUGUAAGCAAUCAUGGGAAUAACAAUAAACGUGGUGAAAAAAAUGAGAACGAAGAAUUGGUAAUUAAAUUAUUUUUCGGUAAUUUAGCCCCGAUAACUACAGAAAAGGAUAUGCACAAUCUGUUCAGCAAUUUUGGAAAAUGCGAUUCUCUUAUUAUAUUAAAGGACAGGAGGAGUAAAUCAAGAGGUUCUGGAUUUGUUACCUUUUAUAAUAUGGAAGAAGCAGUAAAUGCAAUUAAAAAUUUAAAUAAUAAAAUUAUUUUGUCAGGUGCUCAUAAACCUUUAGAAGUUAGAUUCCCAGAAAAUAAAGAAGAAAAAAAAUUAAGAACCAAAUUGUUAAAUGCGGCAAAAUGGAAAGGGAAAAAAAUUGCACCUAGUGGAUGCUUGCCAAUAAGUACAGAAGAUAUAUUAAAUCAGAGUAGCUUACAUUUGAAUAACAGUUCAGGAGCAGUAGUAGGAGGAUUGGCAGGAGAAAAUGCAGGGGACCAGAAUUCUUUAUUAAAUACUAAUGAAAUAUCCUCGUACAUUUUAUCAGAGAAUGAUAAUAUUUUAUAUGAUAAUAAGGAUGUAAUUAAUUUCGAUUGUUCAAAUUUUGACAUGUUCGAUCACUCGAAUAUAAAUCAUUAUGACUACUCAGAAGAUUAUUCAGAAUUAAGAAAAUCAGUUAGCGAAACAACUAUUGAUAUAUUGAACUCAGAUUAUAUGAACGGAACAUAUGAAAAUAGCAAUAUAUAUAAUAGUAGCCGACAGUGUUCUCAUAAGCAUGCACAGGAAAUUUUAUCAGAUGAUAUGAAUAAUAAUAUGAAUUUAUUAAUGCAAAGGAAAAAUUAUUGCAACUUUUUACCUAAUUUUUUAAUAGACAAUAAAUCAUCUGGAAAAGCCGCUUCGAAUUCGUUUCACUCCUUUGAUGAAUCUUUGGGAAUAAUGAAAAAUUUUAAUCAUGAUAUGGACAUGGAAGAUAUAAAUGUAACAAUGAAUGACUUCACGUCCAGUUUAGAGAUCAAUUGUGCGAGGGAUGAGCCGAUGCACAAGAUAGUGCACGAGGUAGUGCAUGAGCUGUUACCGGAUCUGCGAUAUAAAUCAGUCAAUAUGGAAGAAGAUUACAUUUAUCAUGAUAAUAGAAGUGCUUCUUCGGGUAGUUUUCUGAGGAUGGAUGAUGACAAUAAGGGGAACAGAGUUGAGAAAAGUAUAUAUAACGGGAAUAUUGGUAAUGUGAGUAACUUCAGCACAAAGUGUUCCAAUCCAAACAGUGGAGUCAUGGAUGAAGGGGACGAAGGAAAAUCGUACUUUUCCAAUUUUUGCAAUGGGUUCCAAGGACAAAGGGAUAUAAUGGAAGAUAUCAACAAUACUUUUUUUUCUUACUUGAACCAUAAAACAAAUGUUUUAAAUCAUAACAAGAGUAAUGAUGAUGAAGUUUAUGAUGAGAAGAGCAAUCUUUGCAGAAAGGGAGAUUUUCCAGGAAUUGAUGAAUUAGAAGAAAUAAACCAAUUUCGAUGCAUGAGUGAAUUGGAAGAGAUGAACGAAAUAUACAAACGAGAAAAAAAUGAAAAUAGCAUGAGAAGUUUGUUACUUAUGCCAAAUGAUAUUCAAGAAGUAGCAAAAGAGGAUAUUUUGAUGUGUGAAAUGCAUGAAAACAACAAAAGUUUAACGAAUCUUAUGGAUGAUAGUUACAAUAAUAUGAAUAUACAUUAUCUGGGUUUUGAUUUAUCAGAUCUAAUACAAACAAAUGAAGAUGUGUUGUUGCCAAAGAAAGAGAGGAAAAACAAAAAACAUAACACAUGUUAUAACAAUGAUGAAAUAAUAAAAGAUAGUAGUGUGAAUGGAAAAGAAAUAAUGAUAGAUGAUGAUGAUUAUUAUUAUCAAGAGAGUUGCAGAGAUACUAAUAACAUGUACAAACUAAAUGUUGGUCACUGUCAUCGUGCCACGGCAGAUUCACUGAAUGAUGACCUCUUUGGUAAAAAAACUGAUGAACUAAAUGAUAACUUAAGUGAUGAAAUGUUAAGAAAUCUAAUAAACCUUUAUACCCAAAACAAAUCUUCCAUCAUUACUUCUCACAUGUUUAGCUACUUGAAUAAUGUCUUGUGCGAGAUAAAUAACGCCUUGGAGAUUUUUAACAAAUUUAAUGUUAAGGCAUCUAUCAAGACUGUGUCAGACAAAAAAAUUCUAGAGGAGUGA